UAAAAACCUCCUGUCACACAUGACAAUCUUGAAGUUGAAUUUUAUUCACAGCCAUCCUGUACACUCAGCGCAUGCGUUGAGUUUUCGGUCUGUAGAUGAUGCCACAAAGCAGGAAAUUUUCACUCUUUUCUCUAAGGGGCAUAGUGCAGCAUCAGCUCGGCACGCCCAUGAAACCAACCUGAUGAUUUCCUGUGCUGAAAACGAGCAAGAUGUUCAACGUGUACUAGCAGACAGGGCCAUAAAUCCAUCAGUACAGGACUACAGCAGAUUGCAUGAGCAGUGGAGAAAGAAGGAAAUGGGUGAAGAGAAUGGGCCAGACAUGUUUUUUCAGCUUCAAACUGAAAUUGAUAUCUACAAUGAAAACAACCAACAACAAGGUGGAACAGCCAAACUUCAGGUCUAUGAAAAUCCAUGCUUGAACAAAGCAAAAAGUGGCACAUCUUCUAACAGUGAUGACGACAUCUCACCACCACCAAGAAAAAAGUCAAGUUGUGUAAAAGAAAGCAGAAACAUCAGCCAAUGGUUCUAGCAAUCUGUACACCACUUAUGUCCAGAGCCCACAACAACAUCAAACAAGCCAGAGAAAUGGUGUUUAUUGAUGCAACUUCCUCACUAGAUCGCUAUAAUUCAUCUGUAUUCAUUAUGUCAACUAGCACACCUACUUCUGGUAUUCCUCUAGGUGUGAUUGUCACUUCAGAUGAGCAGGCGACAACCAUACAUCGUGGACUGGAGUUGUUAGGAGAAGUUUUGCCUGAGGAGGCAUUCAAUGGCAAAGGAGUGAAACAUGGUCCCACUAUUGUUAUGACCGAUGACAGCCAUACAGAGCGAGAAGCUCUUCACAAUUUCUGGCCAACAGCA